CCGGGUCCCUUCGGUAAUAGAAUAGCCGAUGUAAUUUGACACUUCAACUUACUGAGCUCUCUCUGAGUCUAUUCAGUUACUCAGUCCCAUUCUCAGCGGCCGUAUGUGUGUAUGAGAGCGCGUAAAGGAACGGAAGAUUUCUGAAACGACACGAGAAUUAUUACCAAGGACUUUCUGCGCCCGAUCGCACCCCGAGCUCUCCGGUUUAAUGGCUGGCAGAUAGAGGCCAGACGGGGACAAUCAACAUGAACUCGAUUCCGUCGAUGGACAGACACAUUCAGCAGACCAAUGAUCGUCUGCAGUGUAUCAAGCAGCACUUACAAAAUCCAGCAAAUUUCCAAACGGCAGCAACCGAGCUGCUGGACUGGUGUGGAGACCCCCGAGCGUUCCAGCGCCCCUUUGAGCAAAGCCUGAUGGGAUGCCUAACGGUGGUCAGCCGCGUAGCAGCACAGCAAGGCUUCGACUUGGACCUAGGCUAUCGACUCCUGGCCGUGUGCGCCGCCAACAGGGACAAGUUCACUCCAAAAUCAGCAGCGCUGUUGUCCUCUUGGUGUGAGGAACUGGGACGCCUCCUCCUCCUCCGUCAUCAGAAGAACAGGCAAAACGAGCCUCCGGGAAAAGUCCCCAUGCAGCCCCCAAUGGGCUCCAUAAAACCAGGCCUCUCACAUGGAGAUGGCUCUUUUCCAUACGAUUCAGUUCCCUGGCAGCAAAACACCAAUCAGCCAGGUUCGGUGUCCGUGGUAACCACUGUCUGGGGCGUGACCAACACGUCACAGAGCCAGGUGUUAGGGAAUCCCAUGGCCAACAAUAACAAUCCCAUGAACCCUGGGGGUAAUCCUUUGACCUCGGGGAUGUCUGGUAGCAAUCCAGGCAUGAACUCUCCUCAGUUUCCUGGUCCACAGCAGCAGUUUCCAAACAAAGGCAACUCAAAUCAAGGCUACAUGCAGCAGGGUAUGUACGGACGACCCAACUACCCGGGAGGUGGAGGUUACGGUGGCAAUUACCCUGGAGGGCCAAAUGCUGGACCUGGUGGGAUCGGGAUCCCUCCUAACUCCCGUCCUCCGUCAGAUUUCACCCAGCCAGCUGCUGCUGCUGCAGCCGCUGCAGUCGCCGCAGCUGCAGCCACUGCAACUGCCACUGCCACAGCAACUGUAGCAGCCUUGCAGGAGACCCAGAACAAAGACAUGAACCAGUAUGGACCGAUGAGUUCAUCUUUCCAGAUGGGACCCAACCAGGCAUACAACAGCCAGUUCAUUAAUCAGCCAGGACCCAGAGGCCCUCCAUCUUUGCCUGGAAACAUGGGUGCAGGCAUGAAUGCAUCCAACAUGAGUGGGUCUCCAAUGGGAAUGAACCAACCCAGAGGUCAAGGCAUGGGGCCUUUUGGGGCCCAUGGCCAAAGGAUGCCCCAGCAUGGCUACGCUGGAGCCAGGCCUCAGGGCAUGGGUAUGCAGGGCAUGAAAAGGCCAUACCUAGGAGAGCCAAACUAUGGUGGGCAGCAGUAUGGACCAAACAGCCAGUUCCCCAAUCCGCAGGGGCAAUACCCCACACCUAAUGCCUCUAGACCACUGCCAUCCCCCAGCUACCCCAGCCAGAGGAUUCCAGGACAGCAGCUGCAAGGCCAAUAUCCCCCACAUGGCGGCCCCAUGGGCCAGUACUUUAAGCAAGAGCCGCCAUUCAAUGGCCAAACAAAUAACUUCUCUGGAAGUGGCUACCAGUAUAACCAGGGUAACAUGAAUGGACCUCCCAGACCAGUGGGCAACUACCCCCACUCCCCAGUGCCGGGCAACCCCACCCCUCCAAUGACUCCAGGUAGUAACAUCCCUCCAUACCUGUCGCCAAACCAGGAUGUGAAGCCACCCUUCCCUCCAGACAUCAAACCAAAUAUAACUGCUCUCCCUCCUCCUCCUGCCAACCACAAUGAGGAACUACGGUUGACGUUUCCUGUGCGGGAUGGUGUCGUCUUAGAGCCCUUCAGGCUGGAACAUAACCUGGCUGUGAGCAACCAUGUCUUCCACUUACGGCCCUCCGUGCACCAAACACUCAUGUGGAGGUCGGACCUGGAGCUACAGUUUAAAUGUUACCACCACGAAGACCGUCAGAUGAACACUAACUGGCCAGCAUCUGUCCAAGUCAGUGUCAACGCCACACCGCUCACUAUAGAGCGAGGUGACAACAAGACGUCGCACAAACCUUUGCACUUGAAACACGUGUGCCAGCCAGGAAGGAACACGAUCCAGAUCACUGUGACCGCCUGCUGCUGUUCGCACCUGUUCGUGCUGCAGCUGGUUCACAGGCCGUCAGUCCGCUCCGUCCUGCAGGGCCUCCUAAAGAAGAGGCUGCUGCCCGCAGAGCACUGCAUCACCAAAGUCAAGAGGAACUUCAGCAGCGUGGCCGCAUCAACAGGGAACGCCACCCUCAACGGGGAGGAUGGAGUCGAGCAAACAGCCAUCAAGGUUUCCCUCAAAUGUCCGAUCACUUUCCGACGAAUACAACUUCCAGCACGGGGGCAUGACUGCAAACAUGUACAGUGUUUUGAUUUGGAAUCCUAUCUACAACUGAACUGUGAGCGGGGGACGUGGCGGUGUCCUGUAUGCAAUAAAACAGCGUUGUUGGAAGGACUGGAAGUAGACCAGUACAUGUGGGGAAUCUUGAACGCCAUUCAGAACUCUGAGUUUGAGGAAGUCACAAUCGACCCAACAUGUAGUUGGCGGCCAGUGGCGAUCAAAUCUGAUAUCCACAUUAAAGAGGAUCCAGACGGGCCGCUGGCAAAGAGGUUUAAGACGAUGAGUCCCAGUCAAAUGAUCAUGCCCAACGUGAUGGAUAUGAUCGCUCAACUUGGCCCCGGACCCUCGCCGUACCUGUCAAUGCCUUCUGGCCAAGGUGGCAACAACAGCGAAUACGGCAGCCAAGGUAACAAUUACCAAGGACCUGGGAGCUUUGAGUUCCCCCACAGCGCCCCAGGCGGUACGUCAAUGAACGACUUCAUGCACGGUCCUCAGCUGUCUCACCCACCCGACAUACCGAAUAGCCUGAUGACACAAGACAAACCUCUAUCCCACAACAUGCCUGAAUCAAUACCUCAUUCUGCUGGGCCUGACCAGACGCACGGCCCAUUGCAGCAGAGCUUACAUCCGUCUCCGCACCCCGGGAGCCAAUCAGGGCAGCAGCUACACCACAGCGGGCCUCCUCAGGCCUCACGGCAAGCACCGCCGCCUCAGCAGCAGCAAGCACAGCAGCAACAGCCCACCUCCAACAACCACCCCCAUUCUGACCUGGCCUUCAAUCCAUCCAGCAGUCUGGACAGCCAAGUGGGGUCAGACAUGCCUGAGCCUUCAUUAGAACUUCUUCCUGACCUCGCUAACCCAGACGAACUGUUGUCAUACCUGGAUCCCCCAGAUCUCCCCAGCAGCAGCAACGAUGACCUUCUGUCACUCUUUGAAAACAACUGAGAGGCUUUCGGGCGCCCACACACUUAAACUUUUACUGAUCGCCUGAGGCUUCCCUGAGAAACUGCCACAGUUACUCAGAACUCGAUCAACACAAAGAUGCACUCCCUUUCUCUUCUUCCUCUUGUACAAUUUUCAUUCGCCAGCACAGAUUGACUGCAAAGAAUCUCAAAAGAAACUUAAAGGACACGGCAGGAUUUGGCGACACGCCCUACCAACUUCCUGCGAUGAUAACCUUGACUGUGCAGCUACGUAUAGUUCAUUUUAUUUUUACACCACACGCGUGUACGUGUGCUCACCAAUAACAUGUUGUAGCAUUUCUAAAAUACUUUUUUUUGGUUUUCUUUUAAAGCUAAAAAAUGAACUCACUGUAUAAAGCGGGGAAAAAAACGAAAAGAAAAAAAAAAGCUCUCUGACCAGUGUGUGUUUUGUUUUGUAGUCUGAGAGGCCACAACUUCCUGGUGUCAGUGCUCCAUUCCCUGGCUGGUCUGGUUCGUCCCACUGUUUUGUCCAUCACUGAAAAGCACAA